GUGCGGACAGUGAUCUGGGUGCCCCCUGGCCUGAAUGGCGUGACCCCCUCCCCCGGUGUUUGGGAGUGGGGGUUGGGACAGGAUGGGGGCCCCCCCUCGGUGGCCAAGCGGGGGGGGCAGCUAGGCCGAAGCCCCGUUGUCGCCACUGUCUGGCUGUAGGUUGCCAUGGUUACCUGAGCAGCUGAUGCCAUUUCUUGGCAUUGAAAGUCUCUUCCCCCCCCACACACUUUUUAGCCUACUUUCCAGUAGGCUUAUGAGAUCACCCGGCAUUGUGUGUGUGUGUGUGUGUGUGUGCCCCCCCUAUCAACUUCACAACGCCUGGACCAGUAUGAACCAAAUGGGGGUACAGUUGUAGGGACAUGACAGGGACAGCUCUGAACGGCCUAGUUUGUGAAGAUGCCAUCCACCUCGAUCCAAGAUGGUGGACCCCUAAACCUUCGAGGCGCCACCUGUGAACCGCUUAACCGGUUUGAAGUGAUGUAGGGACACCUCCACAGCGCAGUUGGUGAUGAUGCCGUCUACCGCAGUCCAGGAUGGCGGAUGCGUGAACUUUUGAGGCGCAAGUGCGCUGACUUUGAGGUGCUUAGAAAACCAAAGAAACUCCAUUUUGAGGACUGUCUAACCAAUUCGAACCAAGUUUGGGGCACCUCAGUGGUGCGGUUUGCGGUGAUGCCGUCCACCCCGAUCCCAGAUGGCGGAGGCGGGAACAUUUGAGGUGCAAUUUGAGUACCUCGAUUUGAAUCAGAGUCCAGUUGUAGAGACAGUGAAAGGAAAGCAGGCUGGUUAGUUCUUACUAGAACAACUUGUUUUUCAUCGCAUAGUCUUCUCUGACCCCACGCCUAAUGGGCUUAAGCCUUGUUGCUUUCAAUGGGGCUCUUUUGAGGGGGGCACUCACCUGCACCCCCACCCCCAACAUCACUCCAGGCCUGCUUACUCCCACCACUUCACCCGAACUUGAGCCUGAGGCGUUUCCUGAGCAAUUUGGGGCAGUUUGGUUUAACCCGUGCCUGAAGUGGGCCGUGCCUCUGAGCGCGUGCAGAGUGCCCCCUCGGAGAGGCCCAAGGAGGUAUGCGUGGGGUUGCCGACUGGCGACCCAGUUCCUCUGUGCGCUAUUUGAAAUCUGUGCUCCCAGCCUUUCAGUCCCCACGGCAGCUGAGCAGAAACAAGCAACGAAAACACGAAGCAGCGAUCCAAUACAAACAGAGGCAAAAAGGAUGCCGCAGCAAGGAAGUGCAAUUAAAUGGGGAAGCAUAAAUUAUCUGCUCUCCCAGCUGCCUUCCAAAAGAAGCACCUUGGCUCACCACAAGAAAGCCAGCAACGAAGGGGGCCGGAAUAACCCUGCAGUCCAGGGGCUGUGGCUGGAAAGGGCCUGGCCCGCUCAGCGGCCCCACCUCACACCAUCCUCACCGGCGGGAGGAUGACGCAGAGACAAGUGGAGAAACUGCCUAGCUGAUUUUCCGAUGUUCUGGUCAAUUAUUGGAGCUCUUCGUGAUCGACAACGGCGCCGACGACUGGCGGAUCGCGAUGACCUACGAGCGCAUCCUCUACAUCAGCCUGGAGAUGCUGGUGUGUGCGAUCCACCCCAUCCCCGGGGAGUACAGGUUCUUCUGGACAGCCCGGCUGGCCUUCUCCUACACGCCUUCGCAGACGGAGGCCGACGUGGACAUUAUCCUCUCCAUCCCCAUGUUCCUGCGCCUCUACCUGAUCGCCCGGGUCAUGCUGCUGCACAGCAAACUCUUCACGGACGCCUCGUCCCGCAGCAUCGGGGCCCUGAACAAGAUCAACUUCAACACCCGCUUCGUCAUGAAGACCUUGAUGACCAUCUGUCCCGGGACUGUGCUGCUGGUCUUCAGCAUCUCCUUGUGGAUCAUUGCCGCCUGGACGGUGCGCGUGUGCGAACGGUAUCACGACCAGCAAGAUAUUACCAGCAACUUCCUGGGGGCCAUGUGGCUCAUCUCCAUCACUUUCUUGUCCAUCGGCUACGGAGACAUGGUUCCUAACACGUACUGUGGCAAGGGCGUCUGUCUGCUCACGGGGAUCAUGGGGGCCGGCUGCACUGCCUUGGUGGUGGCCGUCGUGGCCAGGAAACUGGAGCUCACCAAAGCGGAGAAGCACGUCCACAACUUCAUGAUGGACACCCAACUCACCAAGCGGAUCAAGAAUGCUGCCGCCAACGUCCUGCGGGAAACGUGGCUCAUCUACAAACACACCAAGCUGCUCAAGAAGAUCGACCAUGCCAAAGUCCGGAAGCACCAGAGGAAGUUCCUCCAAGCCAUUCACCAGUUAAGGAGUGUGAAGAUGGAGCAGAGGAAGCUGAGUGAUCAAGCCAACACCCUGGUCGACCUUUCCAAGAUGCAGAACGUCAUGUACGACCUCAUCACCGAGCUGAGCGACCGGAGCGAGGACCUGGAGAAGCAGAUCGGAGGCCUGGAGUCCAAGCUGGAGCAGUUGGCCUCCAGCUUCCAUUCCUUGCCGCUGCUGAUCACGGACGCUCUGCGCCAGCAGCAGCAGCAGCUCCUGGCCACCAUCCUCGAAGCCCGGGGGGUGAGCGUGGGCGUGGGCGCCCCCCAGACCCCGCUCUCGGACAGCCCCCUCGGGGUCAGCUCCACCUCCUUCCCCACCCCCUACACCAGUUCCAGUAGCUGCUGAGCCGGGACCAACGGAAGCCGCGCGGGGGGUCUUGGGAGCUGCACCCAGGCAGCCUGGCCCUGGUGGGUCGUGGGCCGCGGGCCGCCCGAGGCCUGGCCCAAGAGGCUCUCGCUUUGGUGCCUCGACGCGGGGCGGGUGGGGCGGGCGUGGUUGUGCGGCUGAGCCCCCCGUGGCGGCCUCGGCGUCCGGUGGAUGACGGGAAUCCACGUUCAAUCUCAGGUCUUCAAAUUGAAAACAAGCCAACCCAAGGUCAGGAGCACUCCAGGCGGAGUGGGGUGGGGGGGGGACCAUUCCACUGUGUGGCCCCCGAGCCUUUGGCGACGGGGUCUCCCAUCUCUCCCUCCCCUCCUCAGCUUCCUCCCUCCCCCAACUCUGUUUGUCAAGCGUCCUGUCAAAGAAGGGCGGCGGAAAGUGACGGCGGAAUCCUCGGAGACACAGAAGCGCCCCCUUGACCCCCCCUCCCCUCCGUGGAAGCUCCGAAACGGAUCGAGGCCUCGUGCGGGCGCUUUCUGGCUCCUCCCGUAGGCCACGCACCAAACGUUUUGCACAACCGCCAGCAAAAGAAGGCCUCCCUUCAGGUCUGCUCUGGCUUUUUAUAUCACCUUUGCCGAGGCCGAAGAGCAGGCCCGACAUUCACCCGGCGAGGGCUGUGCCCUCCGGAGCUGAGGUGGCCCUCAGCGUCGACGCGGGAGGCUGAACGGGACGCUGCAGGUCUGCCACAUGCCAAAGACGCACCUUAAGCAUGCCGGAGCGAGCUGGCAUUGGUGCUCCCAGCGGAAUGAUCAGCCUGGUGGCCCGAGAGAGGACUGAGUGAGUUCGUCUGGAAAUGUUGGUGGAGAUUCCGUGGCCUUGCCAGAGACCCACCCCAGGCCCUUUCAGUUGAGCACCGCUGCUUUGACGUCUUCCCACAGGACACCAUCUCCAACGUACAUUCCUCGCCGUGUGUCGGCGGUCAUCUCCAGUUGUGUUCUCUCGGCCGGAGAGGCUGCCACAGUGCCGUCUUAAAUGGUCACGGGAUUUCCAAGCUCCUAGCUGCUCUCUAGACCUGGACCCGGUUUUGUGCCCCUGCUCGCUGCCACGGCCUCCCCCAAACCAUCCUGGAAAUAGCGGCUGUUCUGUGAGUGCUAGAAAGGUAGGCUUCCCGCGCAGCGCGUCCGUUCCUAGGACUCUGGCGCUGAGAAGCGUGAACGGCUUUUUCGAAAACGGUUUGGAACUGGUUUAAAUCUGCAGUGUGGACGCACCCCCAGAAUGUCUCAGUGGGUGUAGAGGGCCAUGAAGCAGAGUGCAAGUAGCUAAAAAGUGGAUUAAAAAUCCAUGAUUUGAAUUAAAAAUUAAAAUCACGCAGCCCCGGGGUGGGUGGGGGGAGGCGCUCGUUAGCUGCUUCGCUACAAACCUGUUUCACAUUUGUGCCAUUUUUAAUCCUCAUGGCUUCUUGCAGAGAAUCCUGGGCACUGUAGCUUUGUUGAGAGCCCCCUGGAAGAGAGUCGUAGGCCUCGCCCAUUUCCUGGGGCAAGGGAAGAGCCAGCAGAGGCUUAUCCCCACAGCCUGCCUUUUCACUCUUCACAGCCAGAAGCUUGUUGCUUUGCAAAAGGGAAAGCUCCCUUCCGGCCCUCGUAGAAUAGGGACAUCCUUGGGCCUCUGGACAUGUAUGCACAUCUCCGCCCCCUUGUGAGAGCACCCUCUGCCUGCCCCCUCCCCAGGUUGCUGUGCUUCCUGCCUGUCAUAAGGUUCCAGUUGGGUCUGUUGCAAAGAGCAGGUGGGGCACUGGGAGAGAAGAACCCAGUGGAGGCCAGAAGAACCCAACUUCUUCCGCAAGGGUCUUGAGGCUCUUGUGGGAGGAGAGCUGGCCUUGUGGCAGCAAGCAUGAAUGGUCCCCUGAGCUAAGCAGGGUCCGCCCUGGUUGCAUAUGAAAGGGAGACUAGAAGUGUGAGCACUGCAAGAGAUAUUCCCAUCUAGGUUCCAAGUUCCCUCCCUGGCAGCAUCUCCAAGGUAGGGCUGAGAGAGAUCCUUGCCUAAAACCCUGGAGAAGCCGCUGCCAGUCUGUGAAGACAAUACUGAGCUAGUGCACCAGGGUUCUGUCUCUGUAUAAUGUAGCUUUCUGCAUUCAUAUGCAGAGCCAGCGUGGUGUAGUGGUUAGAGUGCUGGACUAGGACCGGGGAGACCCGAGUUCAAAUCCCGCAUCCAGCCAUGAGACUUGCUGGGUGACUCUGGGCCAGUCACUUCUCUCUCAACCUAGCCUACUUCACAGGGUUGUUGUGAGGAGAAACAUUAAGUAUGUAGUGCACUACUCUGGGCUUCUUGGAGGAAGAGCGGGAUAUAAAUGUAAUAAUAAUAAUAUUAUUAUACCAGAUCAAUUCUGAAAAAUCUAUUGCUUACAUAGAUAUACAGAUUCACAGUUUGGCACUAACUUUGCCCAGAAGGUGAGUUGCUCUAGAGGAUUUUGUUCUGGAAAUGCAGUUCUCCGGAGAGAGGGGACUCCUUUCCCAAGCUAAGGGCAGGGGUGAGGAGAGCCGGCCUUGCGGUGGCGAGUGUGAAUUGCCCCCUUGCUAAGCAGCGCCUGGCUUGGUUUGUGUUUGGGUGGGCGACUACCCAUGAGCCCUGCCUGCUGUAAGGAGCCGUCUUAGAAGAGCCUCUGCUUUGCAUGCAGAAGGCCCCAGGUUCCCUCCCUGGCAGCAUCUCCAGUGCGGGGCUGGGAAAGGCUCCUGCCUGGAACCUUGGAGAAGCUGCUGCCAGUCAGUGCAGACAAUCCUCCCCUCGGUGGGGCAGUGGCCUGACUCAGUAGCUUCCUCUGUUCUGUCUUCUAAUGAGAAGACAGGACCCAAACGUUCAGUGCCAGUCUUUGCUGAGGCUUUUCCACCCACACCUCUGUCUACCUUUUCCUGGCCGACCCAUUUCCUUUCUCGCAUUGGUUUAUCCCUGGCGUUUGACCUCUUGCUGUCAGACGGGCUAGUCGACAAGCCCACAGCACAGCCUCCAGUUCGAGUGGGACCCUGCUCCGUCGCACGCGCAGCCUUAGUGGUGGAUCAGGCCCUCCCCCACUGGAGCGCCUUCUUUCUUCUCGCCAAACACAGACGGAGCUUUCUGCUCCCCCCUGUAAGGCAACAGGCCAAAUUCCCUCUCCAUUUCACCCGCUAGCCCCCCCCCAGACAAAAGAGCCCUCCCACUUUGGAGCCUUUGCCCUGCCUCCCAUUCCUGGCCGAAUGCAUUCAGCUGGCUGCCGUCCAGAGCUCAGCCGGGAGGCCUCCCGUCAGCAGAGCCUUCGGAGAUCUGCUUGGGCUCCUCCGAGCAGGUGACAUUUCAUGUCUCUUUGAACAGCCAACGCCAGUGUGUAAUUGCUCGGCGGUAUUAAUUACAGGCUGCCCCGUGGCGCCAGUUAAUUGCCGGCAAAAGCCAGCGACGGGUUGCCCAGAAGCCGGCAAUGCCUUCUCUCCCCCCACCGGCCACCUUUUGUCAAAUUUCCCUUCCCUUUAGCGGCUGCAUGGCUUUCCAAAUUGUACCAAGGAUUCAACGGAGGGAGGAGAGGCAGCCCGCUUCUGAUCGACAGCGCAAAGUGGCGUGUUCCCUGGGCUGGGAGUUGCUUAGGAAACCGACCAAGCUUUAGGGACGAGUGCAUUCGACACCCACCGGCUUGCUUUUGGCUCCUGUGCCAAGGUUAGACCAGAAGGCACGCCUGGCUGGAUCGGGCCCACCCGGGCCCGCGUCCUGUGUGACCACCGUGCUGGCCUCUGCACAGUACUGUGCUUCUCUCAGGGCUGGGGAGGCCCUUUAGGAGUGAUGGAGGGGGCCCCUGCCCCACAUGAAGAGCUCUAGGGCCACACUUCCCAGCAUGCCGUGCACGCUUUCCAGGGUGAUCUUGCAGAAAAAAAGAAGGUUGGAGGCCGAGAGAGUGAGUUCAUGGGGGAAGUCCGGACUCAAGCCAAGGAAAUUCCUGAUGAGUAGCCCCCUGGCAUGUUGGUGGAUGGGGAGGCUCGGAGCUACUGCCAAGAACAUCUGGGCUGGGUUCUCUCCCCUCCGCCCCAUGACUCCCUUCAAAGAUAUAGGCCAGGGCUGCUCAACUUCGGCCCUCUUGCAGAUGUUGGCCUACAACAAUAUAAUUCCUAUAAUUCCUGGCUAUUGUCCUCUGUGGCUGGGGAUUAUGGGAGUUGUAGUCCAAAAACAGCUGGGGGGGCCCAAGUUGAGCAGGCCUGAUAUAGACACACACAAGUAUCGGAAGAGGGGAUUUGCGUUUCGCUAGGCAAGUAGAAGCUGUGAUUGGGCUGCAGCCUGGGAUGGACCUUUGUUCCGUUUCAGCACCUUGGACAGCAGUGAGGCCCCGCCCCUUGACCAAGCAAGGUUUCUCUACCUCAUUUCUUUAAAAAUGGUUAAAAAAAAAAUCUCCUCCCAGCCUUAAAAAAUAAGGGCCACGCUUUGUCAGGAGGGUCUGUGUGCUCAGAUCUUCUAGUCUCUCUCUCUUUCCUGCAAACUAGGCAUAGCCAGGGAAGGGACUGCCGAUUUGGGCGCGCGGAACUCGAGGAGUGGGGGUGUGUAUCCCCAGCCAUUCUCCGGAUCAAACUCUGCCCCCCUCCAGCUCAAGCUGCAUUUAGUGCUGAAUUCUUUUCUCCUCCAUUCCAAGCAGAAAUCAGAGCAGCUUGCAGCGGGGGGGGGGGGGUGGUUGGUUGGGGGGGUGACAUAGGAAAAGGGAAAAGGGCCCGUUCUGCCAGCACCGCGGCUGAGAGUCAGUUUGCUUCUGGACUGAAUGGCUUUGAACACGCCUGCCUGCCUGCCUGCCUGCCCCCACAAGCCAAUGUUGGUGAAUUGUGGUUAGUCAGGACCCAAAGAAAGAGCAAAUUCUCAGCUUGGAGGCCUGGAUGAGCCUUUCAUUUGCUCCUGGUGGCCCGCCGGGCGGGGGGAGGGGAGGGCAGUGCCUCAUUUUCGAAUCUGCCUCCUCUCUCCUACCGCUCCUGCCCCCAUGGCAGGGAUUUCCGAGCAGCAGCAAUGGACAGCCCCUCACUUCCUGUUCCUUUCUGAAACAGAUCCUUUGGCCGGCGGGACCGUCAUGCAAAUGGAGAAGGCGCUCUAUCCCUGCAUCUCUAUGGUGUGUGCCCCUGAUUUGCCUUGCAUUGGCCUCCACGCAAAUGGCUGACUUUGGUUGGAAAUGAGAAGGUGCCAAUCCAGUCACAUUGGGCCCAGGAGGCAAAACGUAAAAACAGGCGGUGGUGAAAAUUCCAGUGAACUCCACUGAACAACCUUCUCCGACUGGGCAGCCAACCUCAGAUUAGGUUUGUGAGGGGACGGAAUGUACACAGGGCUGCACCACGCUUAACAGCAUUCCAGGACUGCUCGUCAAAAGAGCACGUUCUGCAGAUCUUUUGUGCGGAAUAGAAGAUGUUACCAGGAGACCCUUGAUCAAGUAGUUGCAUCUAUGAUGCCUUACCCGGCUUGCAGCUGAUGUGCACGUGAACGAAAGGCAGGAGGGGAGGUCUUUCAGCAGUGACCAUUAUAGGUGGGGUAAAUCGCCCGAUUGACUGCCCCUCGUGUUUGGAAGCUCUCUGCCUUGUCGGCAAAGUGGAGAAAAGGUCUGUCUUCACUUCCUCCUCUUGUACAACCUUGCUAGGUGGAGGGAAGAUUCUGAAGUGUGCGUUCACUCCGAUAAUUUUAGAUGCCACUCGGUUUGGAUCCGGAAGGCCCCACUCUGACUACAGGUGCCCACGCACUGCCUUGAUACUGCUGCCCAGAACAAAACUCAUUCUGUACACAGACAGGGGGAGGGAUUUAGAGGGGACACUGGUCCCAGGUGCUCUUUCUGCACAUGUACAUUGGAGCAAAGAGGAAAUAUAAUGCCAAGCAGUAUUUACCUUCCAGGAGCCCCUGAGCAAAUGUUUAACAAGCCAUCUCCAUCACUUAAGCUGCUGGCCCUGAGCCAACCAGGCACACAAAGCUGCAAAUAAGGGCGGACCGUGCCCAGAGAAGAUGGUGGGGUUUUUUCCCCCCACAGCAGAAGGGUUAGCACAUCGAAACAUCUGGUCAAGAAAAAGCACAAGAUCCUUUUCCAAACGGGCGGCGACGAUCCCCAAACAAUCCUUGCCUUCUGCCCCGAUGAUCCACCCUUCCCAGAAUCCCGCAUUUUCUUGCGUCUUCAGCACGGAUCCGUGCUUGGCCUCCUGCGUCAGCUGGGCUUUCCAGCACCACCUCUCAGCAAUGAGCCAGGAUAUAUUCAUGCUUCUGUGGAAAGAACGCUGCAGACAGCCAACGUCCGGAAAGGGGCAGAGGACCACAGGGAGAUCAGCUUCUGCACCAUCACCACCGAGAAGGUUUUGGCAACAAGAGGGUUCCUUUGUGUCCCAAGGCCGUUCCAGCAGUCCUCCACCCUUUUGGCCCACAAACGCCUCCCCCACCCGCUCCGUCCCAUCCGAGAGGGGCCGAUGCAGCAGCCGGAAAAGCCGCUCACCUCGCCAGCGGUGACGCUCGCUGUUCUCAGACGACGCCGGGCUUCGGUGCAGAAACGGCGUAGGGAGCUCUGCACCGCUCACUUUUUUUAUUUAACAGGAGGAGAGAAAAAAAUAAGAUUACUAGGGGAAAGCAUAACCAUAGUUUAUUUUACCUAUGAAAUAUAUUGCUAUAUUAUAAAGGAGACUAUUGUAACUUUCAAGUACUUUUUUAAAAUCUAACAAGCUGGCUUUAGACGGGCAGCCGGACCACCGUUGCUGCCUGCAUGAUUGUUCCUGGGGUACGGGGCCGGGGCGGAGAAGAGGGCAAGCGGCACGUCUGCGUGGCAGAUGGGAACUGGUCCCAAGUCUGUUUAACUCCGUGUUUCCCCCAAGGAAAGGAGCAUUUCCAGAUGGGGCUUUUCGCUUUUCUCUCCUCUGGAAUGGAGGAGGUUUGUUCACAUAGCAGCCAGAUUUGCCUUCUAGUUGCAAGGCGGGGGUGUGUGUGUGUUCUCUUAAGGGUUGCCAGCUGACCCGAAGAGAGCUGCCUGGGCUGCUCCUCUCCCUAAGACCAACUUAAUCUGAGGAGGUUGGCAGCCCCCCCCCACACAAGUAGGCAAGGGCCCAUUCUCCCAUCACAAGUGUGCCUCUUUGUACACAGGUCUGAGCUUCGAGGGUGGGCUUUUGUCCUUUAAGAUGUGGGGGGUGGAGAACGGGGGAGGGAGGUGGGAAGGGACCGCGGGCACCACCCUGCAAGCGUCGCCAGGCGGGCCGGCUCUGUCCCCAGAAACAAUCAUGCCUGAAUCCACACCUAAUGGCUUUAACCUGUUCACUGUAAAGAAUCAAAAAAGUAAAAACACAGAAAAAGUGCCUUGGACUGUAAUCUCAAGAGGUCGGUCUAAUCUGUCUUUACCUAUGUGGGUGUGUCGAGUUAUGUAGCUACCUACAUAGACACGCACAGAAAUAUACACCGUAGACAGCCCUGCUAUAAAGGCUUUGAAACGCUCCGUC